AUGAUGGCAAAGUUCAGGAUCUUGGUCUUCUUGACCAUGCUUGCAGCGGCUGUUGUUGGCUACCCCACGGACAAGACGGAACCCAUGAACAUGACACGGCCCAUGAACAUGACGCGGCAGUUCCCAGCACCCAACGCGGCCAGCCGUACUAGUUCUCUGCUGGUUCUUCCCCAGAAGGUGACGACUCCCUAUCACUAUUGGAUCGAUCCAACUUGUGUGAACAUGAUCGGGUUUCCGGAGACAUUCUACGAGGCUAGAGAAAUGGCCUGUGCAGCAAAACGAAGGCUCGCCAGCAAAACCGACAGAGAUUUCGAGCGAGUAUUCGAGUAUGUCUUCAACGCACCAAAGAACGAUGGCACCAAGUACCAGAAGACCGACCGGUGGAAGAAGCGAAACAGGAGUGGCGCAGGAAAGGUGCCACUCAGCCAUGUGAACUAUAUAUUUCCCGGCCUGUGCGACGACUGGUCGGAGACAUACACACUCGACAACGCGCAUUUGCCGUUCAUUUGUGACAAUGGCGCCCACUUUAACACCCCGAUUGGGAUCGCUAAUGAGUACGAUGACCUGGUGCAUGGGAUUCAGGGAGGGAAGUACUACGACCCCCCACAGACAGGGCCAACAGCGUACACAUCCUGUGGAACCAUCAAGGGUAAUCAAUACGACGGACAGCAACAGGACCGAUGCGUGGUGACUGUCUGCGACAAGGUUUACUUGAACCCUCCCCAGGGAUCCAUGGGAUGGGCUCGGACGUUGUCCGCGUUCCAACAACGAAACUCAGACCUCUCGAAUGUCCAAGUCCAGAUGUUCCUCGGCUGGUUUCCCUCCACUACUAUUCUACACGAGUGGAUGCACUCGUAUCCGUAUCUUCUGGAUGACAGAGGCGUUGGCGGCGAUCCACUCAAAGCAUACGGCUGGGAUAACAUCAUAGUUAAACAGCCGGCAGAAUCGCUACUCAACGCCGAGAACUACGCUUUUCUCGGGCUGUGGGCCUCGCUCGCAGAUAUACGUCGCCCGGAUCCGCAGCAACCAGCCCAGCCACCGAGCGGGGGCUAUACACUUCGCCGGCCAGACCCAGCUCAGCAAGCAGCGGUAGAGCAAAGCAACCGUGAAGGUAGACUGGUGCCUUAUGUAGACAUAACAUCGUAG